CUUAUUUUUAAACUCGUUAAUGUUUAAUGAAAAAGAAAAAUAUUUUGGUUCAGAAUGAGGAUGAUUUUGAAUUACUUCUUAGUUUUAGUGCUGUGUUGGAAACUUGUUGGCUGUAAUAAUAGUGCGAAGGGGAAAACAUGCGAUUGGGUUGAACUUCGUUGUACGUGUCACAAUGAAAGCGAGCCGUUUGAUGACCCAUUGGGAGUUCAAACAAAAGUGAAAAGUUUACUGAAAUGCGGAGAAAAGGCAGACUUAUAUGAAACUUGUGGGAAAGAAAACUGCACUUUUUUAUCGUACAAACUAAUCAAUUCCUCUUCUGAUCUGGGUGAUCCAGUAGGUCCUUUGAUGAACGCAAUUUUGUCCGCAUUUUUGCCUAUUAAACUGCGUUUUUCUUCUGAUGGACACUUAACAAACCGAUUGUUUAAGAGAAUGGUAAGCGAGACAUGCAGUGUGAAGCCAAUGAAAAAUGCAGAGAUUAAAUGCUGGAAAUGGCCGGAAUUAGUCGAUUGUGAUGUUACCUGCAUUCCUGGUUACGUAAUGAAAAUUGGAAAAGAAAACCUAGCGGAAUUUAAUACCAUUUGCAAGAUGUCUGAUAAUAUUUGGAUUCCUUCAAAAAUACAAGAAUGUCACCGAUACACUUAAUCG